AUGUCAAGGCAUAGAGCGUCCCGCAGUGCUUUCUACUGCUUCGUGCGCGACCAGCUGCCUGGGCUGCGGGGACGUGGCGUGCCCGUGAACCGUGUGGUCGAUGCCAUCCCCUACUGCUCCCAGGCGUGGGCGUUACUGACUAAGGAAGAAAAGAUGGUGUAUAUGGAGAAGGCUCAUAAGCAGAAUGAAAGUAAUUGUUCUCAGAAGACAGUGACAGAGGUAAAUGCUCAUCCAGUUCCUGCCUGUCUGACCACAAAGAUGACCACUGUUGCUCCUCUUCUAGAUGUGUCUGAUCCUGCUGUGAUUGCAGACAUCUUCUACUUCCUGAACAUUUACAGCCAUGGCAAGCUGCCAUCCCACUGUGAACAGCGCUUCCUUCCUUGCGAGAUUGGGUGUGUCAAGUACUCCUUACAGGAUGGCAUAAUUGCUGAUUUUCAUCACUUCAUAGAUCCAGAAGUACCACCAUGUGGAUUUCGGUACCACUGCCAGGCUGCUAGUGAUGCCACUCAUAAGAUCCCUAUAUCUGGAUUCCAUCUUUCACGUGCUUGUUAUGCAGUUGUCUUACAGGAACUUCUUGACUUUGUCCAGCCAGCCAGAGAUGUUCAGCCUCAGUUUUACUGCAGGUAUGACGACAGGUUCCGAGUUAGCUGGUGUCUCAAUCGAAUGGCCAGUGUAACAGGCACUGAGAACCAUCUGGAGCUUUUUGCUGUAGAAGACCUGGUAGUAGAACUGUACCGGAAGAAAUACAAAAAGGAGCCAUCCAAGACUUGGAUUUGUAGAGAACUGGAUGUCUUCCUGUGGGAUUUCUGCAGUAAUACCAGGUGCAAGUGGCAUGAAGAGAAUGAUAUAAUGUACUGUGCUUUGGCAUCCUGUAAGAAAAUUGCUUACUGCAUCAGCAGAUCUUUGGCUAGUGUCUAUGGAGUCUCACUGACAGCAGCUCACCUGCCUCCUAAAGACUCUGAUUACAAUGAAAGAACAAAUACCAAGAUGGUGAUACUGGAUGCUGGACGUUUUCAGAAAAUGAAGACUGAGAGUUCUGAAUGUGACAGACAUUUCACUUCUCCAAGUCAGAAUCAAGAACUCAUUAUUUCUAAUUGUGAGUUUGAAACUUUCACAUUUUUAAGGGGAAAGAGGUAUUUAAACUUAAUCCAGUUGCUGCUUUUUCAGUUUUUCUGGGCUUAG